AUGGAGCCCUCGUCGGCAAAGGACAGCGGAUUAGGGUCAUCACGAAGUCAGGCCUUCCAUCUCGUCUUAUCACCGCAACAACCGACACCUCGAAGAGAAUACAGGCGGGCUGACGAUCUGUCUUUGACGUUUCGCACCAUUAGCUUCAAAUUCAAUGUCGUCCCCGAUGGCGAUGAAACCAGCAAUCUCACAAAUGCAACACUGGGCAGCUAUGUAGAAUCCCUGAAGAAUACCAUUGAACAAGGACAAGAGCCUCGGCGUCCUCGCAAACGGGCUCGCACAAACGGCGACUCCUCUCUGAUUACAUCGCCUUCCCCGGACCUGGGUGGUGACGAUACGCCCACCGCCGGGAGCCAUCGGCUAGAUUCUCAUUGUGCCGAAACGGCAACACCACAGCUGGCCCAACACGAUGAUGACGACAAUACCCUGCGAGGCCACCCGACCCAAACGACCAACGUGCCAUGUGAGGCUGACACUGCGGAUUGUGAUGGCGAAGCUUCAGUUCGUGCGUCUUUGAGUGGUAUCAGCUUCCUAUCGCAGGACGCAAUGGCAGAGCCUCGAGGUGACGGGUUUGCAAACAUUCCGCAGAGGAUAGGUAUGGCAAAUCUUGUCAAGGCCGCCACCGCGUUGGAUGGUGCCGACCCUGCCCGACCUACCAGGCCGGACCCAUCCCUUUCCGUUUUGAUGACCAUGGCAGGAGGCGCCACAGAAGAUCUUCAAAUGAACCGAAAGGCUACGGAGAAAUUCAUGAACUUGUUCCUUGAUGAGGUUGCCAUUCUUUACCCGUACUUUGACCGCGAGCGGAUCGAAGGACAGUACCAGCUUGUUGUCCAUGACGAAAACGAGCCUCCUCGCAACAGAGCAUACUUGCCAUCCGAUGCCGACAAAUUUAGUACCUAUAUGGCUCUUUGCAUUGGCACGUUACUGUCUUCAGAGUCUAUGCGCCUCGAAUCAUACAGGACCAAGCUGCGAAAGACGUCUUUGGGCCUACUCUACUCCCUGUUAGAGGAUGGCGACAGCCUCGUCCCCAUCAUGUGUCUUAUUCUCCUAACUAUUUAUGCAACCCUGAGCUCUGAUGGCGGUUCCGCCUGGCAAUUGCUCGGCUUGGGCAUGAGGCAGUGCAUAUUUAUGGGUCUGCAUCGUGAAUCAGAGCAAUACACAAAGGCAGAAAUGGAUACUCGGAGACGACUGUUCUGGACCAUGUAUAUUCUGGACAGAUUGGCCGACAACCAUAAGGUCAUGUCACAGCCAAGCUCGAUUCGGCUAGAGCAGAACAGUGCCCGGAUCCUCACGCAUAUUGCCUAUGCAGCCUUGUUGACGACAGAGGGACACACCGCGAAUUCAUCUUCCGUCUUCGACAUGGAAACGAUGAGCGAUGAGAUUAGCAUGGCAUGCAAGAGAUUCGUCGAUUCGCUGUACGAUAGAUCUGACCAGACCCACUUUGUUGGCUCUUUUGUCGACGCCUACGAUAUUUUCGUUUCUGGCAUGUUUUACAUCUAUCUAGAACAGCGACACGGCUCCGAUGCUCAGAAUUACGAGUCUCUAACUAAGCCUGACGGUGUGCGGGGCGGACAUGCCGGUCUUGUCAACGACAUGGUCAAUAAAUGCUCUCUUGAUGGACCUGCCGGAUAUUAUACCUACACAAAUCAGCUUGUUGAUAUCAAAAGCACUCGAUCGGCAAAGGACGAGGCAGACACCGAUCUGUUAAGACCAGCGGACGCUUCCUUCUUCUUGCACCAGCUAGGAGGAAAGCUGCUCAAAACCCUGAACACCGAUCUAUCAUGCACGGGGAUUGACAGACUCAAUUGCAGCAACUACAUCAUAUUGUACUCAGUCGAUUGA